GUCGGAGAGGCCGGAGGGAUGGGCCGGCGCUGCCCCCGCCGUCUGCCUAGGCCCCGGCCGCACCCGGAACUCCCGGCGCGCGGAGCAGGUUUCCGGCCGGCGGCGGCGCGCGGCGGCCCGAGCCCGGGGAACCGGCGGCAGGGGCCGGGCCGGGCCCGGACUCGAGAUGGCGCCGCCGGCGGGUGGCGCGGCGGCCUCGGACCCGGACCCGGACCCGGACUCGGCCGCUGUGCUUUUGGCGGUGCACGCCGCGGUGCGCCCGCUGGGCGCGGGAACCGAGGCCGGGGCGCCCCUGCGGAGGCUGCAGCUGAGCACGGACCCCGAGCGGCCCGGGCGCUUCCGGCUGCAGCUGGGGGGCGGGGGGCGCGGCGCGGUCAACUUGGAGUGGCCCUUGGAGUCUGUCUCUUACACCAUCCGAAGUCCCCACCAGCAUGAGCUGCGGCCGCCCCCCGGAGGCCCGGGGACCCUCAGCCUAGACUUUCCCGACCCGCUGGAGGCGCAGCAGUGGGCCGCCCUGCUCCGAGGAGCCACCGUGGAGGGGCAGAACGGUGGUGAGAGCUCACUCCCUGGCCCAGCAGCAAGUCUUGUUUCUCUGCCCGGGCUCCCCAAAGCCCCCCCACCCAAAAUGGACGUUCUCUGGAGCCCUGAAGACUUGGUGGAGAAAGAGGAGCUGGUAGAACGCCUGGCCCGCGCCAUUGCCGAUGGGGACAGGCAGAGGGCUGCUGAAGCAGCUGCCAUCUUGGCCCGUCACCACGUGGCCCUCAGUGUCUGGCUCCAGGAGGCCAGUUUCCCUGCUGGACUCAUCAGGCUGCAGGUCACUGUGGAGGAUGCUUCGUCCUCAGCCCAUGUCGUGCUGCGGGUUUGCCCCCACCACACUGUAGCAGCCCUCCAGGAGCAGGUCUUCUCAGAGCUGGGCUUCCCGCCGGCUGUGCAGCGCUGGGUCAUUGGACGAUGUCUCUGUGUACCUGAGCUCAGCCUUGCCUCCUAUGGGGUGUGCCAGGAUGGGGACCCCGCUUUCCUCUACCUGCUCUCGGCCCCACACGAAGCCCCAGGAGCUGGCCCUCAGCACCCUCGGAAGACAAGCAGGGAGCUAGGCCAUUGGUUUCCUCAGUUGCUGCGGCUGCCCCGCGCCCUACAACCGGCCAGCAACAGCCUUCCUAACCCCCUGCAGUCUGGCUGGUCUUGCCCAUCCUGCACCUACAUCAACCCCCCAAGCCGUCCCGGCUGUGAGAUGUGUGGCACCCAGAGGCCCUGCACCUGGAUACCCCCCCAAGGAUCCCAUGCAGAGGGCAGGGCCAGCGGCUGUCAUUAAAGAUGCUUGGAGGAGCCUGAGCCGAUAGCGUUUUGGAGGACACUUGCCUUGCACACAGCCAACACAAGUUCCAUCGCCGGCAUCCCAUAUGGUCCCAAGCCCCCCAGGAGUUCUCCGAGCCCAGAGGCAGAAGUCAUCCCUGAGCAUGGUUGGUUGGGUCAAGCCCCCCAACCUGGG